AUGAGUAAACUACGGAUGGGUGGGCUCUUUCUCCUCUUCACUUUUGCAACCACAAACCUCACUUCUGGAUGCUUCGAACACGAGAGGGCAGCUCUUCUUCGAUUCAAACACAGCCUGUCGGACCCUUCUGGUCGACUAUCAUCUUGGAAUGGAAACAACUGUUGCAACUGGCAAGGCGUUGACUGCAAUAAUGCAACAGGAUAUGUUACAAGGCUUGACCUCGGAACCGAUUCUUCUGAUGAGAAGUUAGAGGGAAAUGAGUUGAAUUCGUCUUUGGCCGAGUUGAGUCAUCUGAGUUACAUUGAUUUCAGUGGGAAUUAUUUUGGUGGCAGCCCCAUUCCCGAGUUCAUCGGAUCGCUGACAAAACUCAGGUAUCUGAAUCUUUCUUCCAUGGGCUUUUCUGGCAUCGUUCCUCACUCUAUUGGAAAUCUAUCGAAUUUGCGGGUACUUGAUCUGAGUAAUAUGGAACUAGUUGUUGAUGAUUUCACAUGGUUCUGGAGCCUUUUGUCACUCAAAUCUCUUGAUCUGAGUGGGCUGAGCGUUGUUAAAGCUCCAAACUUACACAAAGGGUUGUUGCGUAUGAUUUCUUCUUUACUAGAGUUGAGCUUGUCCCGGUGCAAUCUUUCUAAUUCUCAUUUCCAUCGCAUGCAUCUUGAAUUGAAUCUUACGCGCUCUACCAUUCAAACACUUGAUCUUCAUUCCAAUUUGCUCCAAGGCCAGUUCCCUCUGUUUUUACGAAACUUGAGCUCUUUACAAGUUCUUGAUCUUUCAUUCAACCAACUGAAUUCUUCAAUCCCGUUCAUGAACAACGUUCAAGAUACUGGGAUCUGUGGGUUGAAGCGGUUGGAUCUUUCGUACAAUUCUAUGGGAGGGAGGUUCACGGGGCCAUCAACCAAUGUAUCCGAAUGCGCUCAAUUUUCUCUGGAGACACUGAAUUUAAAUGACAACAUGUUACUUGGUGAAGUCCCAUCCUCACUGGGUAGACUUAAAGCCUUGAGAGAGUUGAAUCUUGGAGGGAACGAGUUAACAGGAAACAUCCCUGAAGUUAGGGCUGGUUCGAUUCCGAUUUCUAUCAGAAACCUGCUGUGGUUACAAAAACUAGAUUUAUCUGUAAACCUUUUAAAUGGGACGAUUACAUUCCUUCCGGGAGAACUGUCAAAUCUAGAAAUCCUGUCUCUCAGAAACCACCAUUUUCGGAGUAUCCAAGAUUCUGGGCUCUGGAGACUUUGUCAGUUAAAACACUUGGAUCUUUCAUUUAAUUUUAUAGAAGGGGAAUUGACUGGGCCAUCAACAAAUGGAUCCGAAUGUGUCCAAUUUGAUCUGGAGACAAUGGAUCUACAUUACAACAACUUUGGUGGAAAAAUCCCGACAUCACUAGGAAGGCUUACGUCCUUGAGAAAGUUGAAUCUUGGAUGGAACGAGUUAACAGGAACCAUCCCGGAAUCUUUAGGAAAUUUAACAAGUUUGCGGGAAUUAUAUCUACCUUGGAACCAAUUAACAGGUUCGAUUCCUACAUCAAUUGGAAACCUGCUGUUGUUACAAGAACUACAUUUAUCUUGGAACCUGUUGAACGGGACGAUACCAUUCUCACUAGGACAGCUAUCCAAUCUAGAAUUUGUGUAUCUCUACUACAAUUGGUUGUCUGCACUUCCAUUAUCGCUUGGAAACCUCUCAGAACUCAGGCAUCUUGAUAUAUCAAAUAACCAUUUACAAGGGCCUCUUCCUACCAUUGGACGACUUUCCAAACUUGAAUAUCUAGAUAUAUCGAACAAUUCUUUAUCAGGUAUAGUCACUGAAGCCCACUUCACAAACACAUCAAUGUUAGAAUUCUUUGAUGCAACCUCAAACUACAGGUUGAGCUUCGAGAUUUCGCCCAAUUGGAAGUCUCCUUUCCAAAUAUUAAGCCUUCGACUUGGAUCUUGCAAAAUUAAAUCAGAAUUUCCAGAAUGGAUUCGAGCACAAACAUGUCUUGAAUAUCUAGACCUUUCCAAUACUAGCAUUUCUGGACCUCUUCCAGAUUGGCUUGGCGAUUGGCUUGUCGAGCUUCCUCUCUCGUUCCUGGCUCUCUCCAAUAACUUUCUGAACGGUCCAUUGACAAACCUUGUAUCCAGCCACAGCCCAAAUUGUUCUACAGUGUUAGAUAUAUUGCUUCUUAAGAACAACCUCUUCAAUGGAUCGAUUCCAGAUUUAUUGUGUAAUAUGAUUUCAUAUAUAAUGGUUCUUGAUCUUUCUAGAAAUAUGCUUUCUGGGACUCUUCCAAAGUGCUUCGGACUUCUUCCAAACCUGCAGGUUCUGAUAUUAAGUUCUAACCGGCUCUCGGGUGUCAUUCCAAGCUCUCUCGGGAAUCUUGCUUCAUCGCUACAAUGGUUAUCUCUAAACAACAAUUGUUUCCAAGGUGAACUUCCGAAAACUCUAGCAAAUUGCACAAAUUUAACUUUGUUGGAUUUGGGUGAAAACAGAUUCUCUGGAAGUGUACCAAAAUGGAUUGGUGAAAAUAUGAAGGAGCUUGUUGUCCUCAGGCUACAUAAAAACAGCUUCACAGGUCCAAUUCCUGUAGAGUUGUGUGAAAGAUCCAGGCUCAAAAUCAUGGAUCUUGGAGGAAACAAAUUAACAGGAACCAUCCCUCGUUGUUUCCAGAACUUAAGUGGAAUGAUCACAGGUGGCGACAGCAGUAUUUCUUUUUCAGGCUCAUUCGGACUGAGUUUGAGCCAGGUUAUGAAAGGAGUUGUGCUAGAGUAUACAACGACAUUGAGAUAUGUUGUCAACAUAGACCUUUCGAGCAAUAAACUGGUGGGGGAAAUACCAAAGGAGUUGUCACUUCUUUUGGGAUUGCAUGGUCUUAACUUGUCUAACAAUCAACUCACAGGUCGUAUUCCAGAUAGAAUUGGUGAUAUGAAUUCGUUAGAGUCUCUUGACCUUUCUAUAAACCAACUUUCAGGGGUGAUCCCACAAAGUCUGUCGGCAUUGACAUUUCUUAGCUAUCUGAAUUUGUCACACAAUAACUUAUCCGGAAGAAUUCCAACAGGAAGUCAGCUCCAAACGCUCAAUGAUCCAUCCAUAUAUGCUGGCAAUAGUGAGCUUUGCGGUAAUCCGUUGCCCAUCAAGUGCAACCAUGAUGGUGUCCCAGAAACUGAAAGAAACUCUGAGGAAGAUGAAGACGAUGAUGGCGAUGAGAAGAUAUGGAUUUAUGGUGCAACAGGCGGUUUCACAACUGGGUUUAUGGGAAUUGUAGCAAUUCUGACCGGAAAACAUCGUUUUGUAGAAAGCUAUAGGGACGACAAGUCCUCCCUAUACGGUUUAGCAAUCGUUUCUCGUUUCUCUCUCCCUCGAAGAGUCAUCGCUAAACUCUCAGUUCCAGCGAAUGGUGGUUUUCUGCUUCCGGUGUACACUUCUUCAACAGGUAUGAAUGGUGACUUGGCUUUGUUUCAUACUGUGAAGUUUGAUCAAUGA